CGUGUUGAACUUUUUGGAAGUUUAAGGAAUGGAUAAUGAAUGGUACGCCAAAUGCAUCCAAGGUUCUAAUCUUGUCUUGGGAGUAUCAGAGGAUUUAUAUAUUGAGAUCCUAUUCUUUCUAUUUCAUCACUGGGGUACGCACUUCCAGAAUACAAGCAUCAAGAAAAUACCUCUCUUGAAAUACAUUGGUGAAGAUAGGAUUGUCUCUUUAUUGAGCAUAGCUGACGCAUCAAAGCAGGGCAUGACAAUCUGUUUGUCAAACGAUUCUCGCUAUAUAUCUUGGCUUAUUGACUGGAAUGGUGAAUUACGAUGUUCAUUGAAAUAUUAUUUCAUUCCCAAAUCUACUCAAGAGGCUUUGCUGUCAUUUCCAAAGAGGGAGACAGUAAGGAGUUGGCUAAUUAGUUCGGGAGUAAGUGUUCUUAGCGUCUUUGAGUAUGCAGCUCUUCUUUUAAAUUCAGUCCACAAUGCUAGUAGUAAACUUGUCAUUACCUCUGCGCACUUCUUAUAUCAGUCAUUGCUCGGUAACUAUUUAUCAGAAGCAGAAGUGAAUCACUUGUGCAAAAAAUUGCCAUUGGUUGACAAGUAUGGCUGUGUUACUACACAAAGAAGUGGGGUUCUUGUUCCAGCUCGUGAUAGUAAUUGGGUUGCAUUGAUGGGCACAAACCCGUGGAGAGGAAACCAUUAUGUUGAAUUAACCGAAGAUUACUCAAGUAGUGGAAAUUUUGUUGGUUUACAUACAGAAGAGAAACAACUGAUGGCAUUUCUGGAAAAACAUAUUCGAGCCUCAGAUAUCCCCAACAUAUGUCCUCCUGAUGACCCUUUGCCUACUGUCAGAUCUCCUUUGACCAAAGCAAAUACUUAUCUACUAUUAGAGUGGAUUCGUAAGUUGAGGUCAGGGAGAAAGCUGGUUGAAGGGAAUUUCUUGAGAUCCAUAAGAGAGGGAUGUUGGUUAAGGACAUGUUUGGGUGACUCGACGAGCUACAGCUACGUAGCUCCAUCACAAUCAUUCCUCCUUACCACAUCAGAUGGCAGCUUACUACAAAAUGGGUCUGAGCUGGUUGAUAUUCCAUUAGUUGAUAUUCAGUUCUAUGGUAGUAGAAUCAAUGAGUACAAGGAAGAGCUUAAAGCUGUAGGUGUGAUGUUCGAAUCCCGAGAAGUAUGUAAAUAUAUGGGUCAGCGCCUCAUGUCUCUUGCAGCUAACUCAAAUUUAACGAAGUCGGAUGUGUUUUCGAUACUUAAAUUCAUAAGGCUUUUGGGUGAAAACUAUUUACCUCUUGAUGACUUCAUCAAGCCCAUUCAAAAAGGUAGCUGGUUAAAGACGUUGAAUGGUCACUUAUCUCCAGUUAAUUCCAUUUUAUUUGAUUCAGAAUGGAAAGUUGCUUCACAAAUCAGUAGUCUUCCUUUAAUCGAUAAUGAUUAUUAUGGGGAGGAUAUUUCUGGAUUCAAGGCCGAGCUUAAGUUGCUCGGUGUGAAGGUUGGAUUUCAGAAGAAUUACCAGAUUGUUGUCGACUUCUUCAGAAUGCCUGUAUCACUUACAAAAGAAGCAACCUUUUUGAUACUGGAAUGUAUUCGCCACACCAACUCAUCUGCAUUUGUGAAAGUGCUUAAAGACCGAAAAUGGUUACACACUGGUGUCUUAAAAUCUCCAAGUGAAUGUUUUCUUUUCAAUGAUGAAUGGGGAUGCCUUCUGAAGGUUUUUAAUGGGUUUCCUUCAAUCAGCGAAGAACAUUAUGGACCUACUAUAGUUUCUUAUAAGAAUGAGUUAAGACAACUUGGGGUUGUAGUAGAUUUUGACGAAGCAGCCGAGGUUUUUGCUUGUCAGUUUAAGCAGCAUGCAUCUUCAUCAUCCAUUACCAAGGAAAACGUGUUAUCUUUUCUUGAAUGUUACAAGCAGCUUAAAAAAAACUCCCAUCGCUUACCAAAGAAGGUCAACAAGUGUUUACGUGAGGAGAGGUGGCUGCAGACCCGUCUAGGCACAAGAGUCCCCAAGGAUUCUAUAAUGUUUCAUUCUGAUUGGGAGAGCCUGUCUCCCAUUGUGUCACUUCCUCUGAUUGAUGACAGUGAUACAGGCUAUGGUAGGGUGAUUCUGGAAUACAGAGAUGAGUUGAAGGAAAUUGGAGUUGUUGCUAAAUUCAGUUCGGGGAUGCAUUUUGUGGUUACCGGGCUCAAUAUUCCCCCUAAUCCAAGUGAUAUCGCUCCGCAAAGUGCUCUUUCCCUUAUGAAUUGCAUUAAGAUAUUGUUGAAGGAGAACAAUGCUUUACCAGAAGGGUUCCUAAAACGUGUGAAUAGAAGAUGGUUGAAGACUCGUAUGGGUUAUAAAGUUCCGGGAAAUUGCUUAAUGUUUGAUUCUAAAUGGAGUUCGUGUUAUUACAACCUGAGGAUGGGCCUUUCAUCGAUGAUGUGUUUUAUUGUUUCAAGAUUGCAUCCUACUCUAGAGAGCUUGAGGCCACAGGGGUGACGGUAGAUGUUAAACAUGGGUGUUCGUUGAUUGCCAGCAAUUUAGAGUCUCAUUCCCAGCUAACCGUUAUUUCCCGUAUCUACAAAUGUUUGUGUCAUUUCAACUGGGAGCCUCAGAAGGGAUCUAUUAAAGAGCCUGCCAAUGAAGCUUCUGGAAAAAUCUUUAUUCCAAAUGGAAGUAACACGGGGCGAUGGGUUUUCCCAGAAGAAUGUGUUAUUUAUGACAAGGAUGACCUAUUUGGCUUGCAGUUGAAUGUUUUAGAAAAGCACUACGAGAAGGACUUGCUUGAUUACUUCUGCAGUGCCUUUGGUGUUCGUCGAAAUCCUAAUGCUGAUGAUUACUGCAAGUUAUGGAACAAAUGGGAAAGCACAAAACAGAAGAUAACGCCUGUGGAGUGCCGGGCUUUUUGGCUUUAUAUAGCCAAGAACUGGAAUUCGAAGAUAGAGAACCUUCUUUUAGAGAAGUUGUUGAAGUUGCCAGUGAGCAGUAAAGACUCAGAUGAUGUUCUUCUAUUCGACAAAGAUGCGAUAUUAAUUCCAGAUGAUUUGCAACUGCAAGAUUGUUUAGAGAAGGCUUCUCCCGAUCCUUUAUUUGUUUGGUAUCCUAAGCCAAGUUUUCCUUCUGUGACCAAGUGUAAACUGAAUGAAAUAUUUGCUAGCGUUGGUGUUCGGACGAUUUCCGAAUCUGUAAACAAAGAAGGAUCUUCAGUUCUGGAUGCUGCAGAUCUCAAGCAAAUUACUUCAAAAGGUACAUUUAUCAAGAGAGGUCUUAUUAGAAUCAUACUUGCUUUUCUUGCAGAUCCUUGUCUUGAAAUUGAUUCUGAGAAGAGGCAUCAGAUGGUGAAUUAUCUUCUUGAUCUUAUGGUCUUUGAGACUGAAGAACCGAUAACAGCAAGUUAUGGCAUCAAACUGUGUACCGUCCGCACUUUAAAGGUCGAGGUCAGCCAAAUGAUUUGGUGGGAGAGAAAGAAUAUGAAGCUCUUUACUCAGAAGGUGGAUAGAUCUGCAUCUGGGCCUAAGGAAAAUAUUGCAUAUGCGACCUACUUUUCUGAAGUUAUAGCUGAGGGACUUCUGUGGGAGAAAGCAGAGCAAAUUGCGGAUCUAUCUGAGUUGAUCAAAUUGGGCUGGCUAUUAGACUUCGAAGACGAAGCAAUCGAUUUCUUGUUGAAGACCAAAAAUCUGCAGCUUUGCGAUGAAGACGAAGUGUUCAUCAAAUCUGCAUUUGCAUUAGAUUAGUUUUCUUUUAUCCUUCCAGUUAUACUUGUACUCUGCUUAAUUUGGUGUUUUUAGUUGUUCGCUGAUGUUUUGUUUUUAUCUUCUAGUAAUAGACCACUGAUGUAGAAAUCAAAUGGUUUGAAACUAGAAUGUUAUCUUCACCAAGGAUUAUGUUAUGGACUUGAGUGUUUCUAUUGCUGUAUUAUGUAGCACAUGUAGUAUCUUUGACAAAACUAUUAGUGCUGGCGUGUGGUUGAGUUGAACUUGAUCAAAACUAAGGGAAAGAGCAUUCAGGUACAGCAUCAAAAAUGUGGAUUGGAGACACUAUUUUGGACGUGGAUUAUAUGGAGGCGGCGUUUGUGUGACAGUGGCUCCCUACAUAGACAUUUGUGAUUCUUUCUGGUGUUGUAACUUUCCAAUGCAUAUCUGCAGCCAAUGGAUUGGGGAUCGUGAUUCAGAAAGGUGUUGGAGAGCCCAGCUUGUCGCUAGGAUUCCGAUUAGUUUCUUGUCGUCAGAUGAUAUAUUUGAUAAUAGAUCAAUAUGCUUUGUUGAAACUGGGCUUGUUAGCUAAGUAAUGGGCCUGAGUGAAAGUCAAUAAAUGAGAUGCUUAUUUCAUGAA